CCAUCACAAUAAACACACAGCAAAGCUCCAUAAAAACUACUGAUAAUAAAAAGAGAAUGAUAAUAAGAAAUUAAAAGAGGAUGAAGAAAAAUGGGAGCUUUUCUUCCACAGAUAUGGGUCAAGAUUAUCAAAUCAUAUAUGGGUCAAGAUUUUCAUCAUCCAGAGAGUACGGCCUUUGUUAUUGACUAGCGUGCGCUGCGUCCCAUUCACUGCCGGCCUUUGUGAUCAUCUCUUCUAUCUUAUUCGACCCCUUUUUUUUUCAGUUCCAAAGUUCACAGCUUUUUUCAUCUUCUGCUCUUUUUUUCUUUCUAUGGAAGUUUUGAAAGUUAUCUCUAUCAGAUCUUGGCAGUUGGGUUUCUCUAUAAGUUAGUUUGGAUCCGAAGGUUAUCCUUUUUCCUCCACUCCUUGUAGAUUUUUUUCAUCUUCUUUUUAAUUUAGGCUGUUCAUCUGCUAUAUGAAUCUUGGAUGGCCAUUGUUGUGUAGAUUAUUGCACUGCUCAAAGAGGAUUAUUGAAUAGUUGUUUGAUUAUUGGGUAUGUAUUUGGAAGCUGGAGGAUAUAAGGGAGUGGAUGUGUUAGAACUUGAUGAUUACAGAGUUAUUUAGAUCAAUUGUAUUGUUGUGUUAUUGAGAAUGGGAAGUAGAGAGAAUGGGGUCCAAAGAAAGGGGCUUUGGGCUUUGGGUAUAGCAAGAAAUGAAGGACUGCCCUCUUUUAAUCAUUCUUGAUGGAUUGAUAUUCUCAAGAUUGGAUUUUUUUAAAUAAAUGGGCGCAAUGGGGAGGUGGGUGUUUGUUGGGGUGUUAAUUUCCUUGAUUUUCUAUGCCGUGGCAGCCAUUGAUUGUAUAUGUGACGAUGAAGGAUUGUUUAGCGUUAAUAACAUUCUGUUUCUCCAGAGAAUUGGGGAUGUCUUGAUUGCCAUUGCUUAUUUCUCCAUUCCUAUAGAAUUGCUUUACUUCAUUAGCUGCUCAAACAUACCCUUCAAAUGGGUUCUCCUCCAAUUCAUAGCCUUCAUAGUCCUAUGUGGAUUGACGCAUUUACUCAACGUGUGGACCAUCAACGCCCAACCUUCCUUCCAAAUCAUCAUGGCUUUGACUGUUUCAAAAAUCUUGACUGCGCUCGUUUCUUGUGCAACUGCAAUCACCCUUCUCACCCUCCUCCCUCUCCUUCUGAAAUUCAAAGUGAGGGAGCUGUUCUUGAGACAGAAUGUGUUGGAGUUGGACCAAGAGGUUGGGAUGUUGAUGAAACAGAAAGAAGCAAGCAUGCACGUCCGUAUGCUCACACAAGAAAUCAGAAAGUCGCUCGAUAAGCACACCAUACUGUACACAACUCUCGUCGAACUUUCCAAAACAUUGAAUCUCAAGAACUGCGUGGUUUGGAUGCCGAGUGAGAACAGGAAAGAAGUGAACUUGACACACGAGUUGAACCCUAACCCUGGUUCUUCCCACCAUUGUCUCUCAGUCAAUGAUCCGGAUGUCCUCGAGAUCACAAAGAACGAAGGGGUGAGGAUACUUAGACAAGACUCAGUUCUUGCUGAAGCCAGUGGUGGUAGCUCUGGUGGACCGGUGGCGGCUAUACGGAUGCCGUUGCUUUGCGGUUCAAACUUCAAAGGUGGGACCCCAGAGCUUGUCGACACCUCUUUCGCCAUAUUAGUGUUGGUUCUUCCUCCUGCUGUUGGGAAUGACUCUGAUUGGAGCUAUGAUGCGCUGGAGAUAGUGGGAGUGGUUGCCGAUCAGGUUGCAGUGGCACUGUCCCACGCGACAGUUCUUGAGGAGUCUCAGACAAUGCGGGAGAGGCUGAAAGAGAGAAACCACUUGCUGGUGCGAGCCAAAGAGGACGCCAUGAAAGCCAGCGAGGCAAGGAGUUCCUUCCAGAAGGUGAUGAACAAUGGGAUGAGGAGGCCAAUGCACUCAAUCUUGGGAUUGCUCUCCUUACUCCAAGACAACAACACCUUGAGAUCCGAGGAGAAAAUUGUCAUCGACACGUUGGUGAAAACCAGUUCCGUACUCUCCACAUUGAUCAGCGACGCAAUGGAGAUAUCAGCGAAAGAUGAUGGGAUCUUCCCAGUGGAAAUGAAACCGUUUCAGCUUCAUUCUUUGGUCCGCGAGGCUUCUUGUCUUGUGAAAUGCUUUGCUGUUUAUAAGGGUCUUUCUUUCUCCACGGAUGUCUCAAGUUCUUUGCCUAAUCAGGUGACAGGUGAUGAGAACAGAACGUUUCAGGUUAUACUUCAUAUGGUGGGGCAUUUGUUCAAUGUCAGUGAUGGAAAAGGAUCUGUGAUGUUCAGAGUUUGUUCGGAAGGUGGAUCCGGGGAUGCAAAUAAUAAUAUUACUAAUAAUAACAAUAAGGUUUGGAAUGCUAGAAAACCAAGCUCCGGUGAUGAAAAUGUAACUAUAAAGUUUGAGAUUGAAGUCUCUGCUGAAGGUUCAGGUGUUCAUUCAGGCAGGAGAAGGCACAGUAGCAGAGAUGUGAAGGAAAGCUUGAGCUUUAACAUGUGUAGAAAGCUUGUGCAGUUGAUGCAAGGGAACAUAUGGAUCUCCUCAAAUUCUAGGGGACGCGCACAAGGCAUGAUUCUCAUCAUCAGAUUCCAGAAGCAGUCGUCCUACAGAAGACGAAUCUUCGAGUACAGAAACCCUCCCAUGGAGCAAACGACGCAUUCGGGCUCGGCGUUAAAAGACCUAAAAGUCCUUUUGGCAGACGACGACGACGUGAACCGAACAGUGACCAAGAAGCUGCUCGAGAAGUUCGGGUGCCAGGUGUCACCCGUUUCGACCGGUUUCGAGUGUCUGAGCGCCCUAGGGGGGCCCACGGCGCCAUCCUCUUUCCAGGUCAUCAUGCUGGACCUUCACAUGCCAGAAAUGGACGGGUUUGAGGUGGCGAAGAGAGUGAGACAGUUUAGGAGCCGCAACUGGCCUUUGAUCAUCGCGAUGACUGCCAGUUCUGAGGAUCACAUGUGGGAGAGGUGUCUUCAGGUGGGGAUGAACGGUCUGAUUCGAAAACCGGUUCUCCUGCAGAGACUGGCGGACGAGCUUCUGAGAGUCCUUCACCGGGCCCGCGAAGCCGCCAUGUGAGGGCGCGCCGCCAUUGGUACGUACACCGCGAUACUUUUGUUGUUAUAGGGAAUUCAUGGGGUUUGAUUGGUCUAGUUG